AAUCUCUCAAUCGCAAGACAACAGUUCGCCAUUUUCUGCUGAAUACUGAAGAAUAUUUUACUGUUUACGCUGUUUUCUACCAUUCAGAGCGGGAGGAAGUGUCUCGGAAUGGCGUUCCCCCCGCGGCCACCCUUGAUGCCCGGCGUGCCCCUCUCCACCAUGAUGGGGGCCCCCUUCACCCUCACCACAAAUAUAGUUCCUGCCGUCGGGAUCCCCAUUUCACAGCCACUCUCGCAGAUUCCGACACCAGCCAGCAACCGUCCUCCUCUGCGCACCAACACCGACACCACCUCCAACGUCGCCAAGCCUCCCCAGGUCCCCACCACCGCCACCAGCCACGGCAUGAAGCCCCCUAGUUACUCCAAAAGGCUGGAGUCAUCAGGGCCUGCGGUGACGGUGUUUGUGGGUAACAUCACAGAGAAGGCGCCCGAUGUGAUGGUGCGUCACAUCCUCAACACCUGUGGCAAUGUGCACUCGUGGAAAAGGGUGCAGGGUGCGUCCGGAAAGCUGCAAGCGUUUGGGUUCUGUGAGUUUGGCAACCCUGACGCGGCGCUGCGGGCGAUCCGUCUGCUGCACGACUAUGAGAUUGCGGAGAAGAAGCUGGUGGUGAAGGCCGAUGCCAAGACUAAAGAGGUGCUGGAUGACUAUAAAGAGAAACGAAAGAAGGCCAAACAGAACGGCGACGCAUCUCCGCUGCAGGAUGAGGUGGAGGAGGGAGACUACCUGGACGAGGACAUGAGGCAGGAGGACGCCGCCGCACUGCGCAGGAUAAACGAGAUCCUGUCCGACCACAAGAAGGACAUCAUGAACUACGUCCCUCCGCCCAACAAGAACGACAUGAGAGAGAAGAGGAUGUCCAAAGUCCAGGAGAAACUUGUCGCCCUGUCCAGUGGUGCCGAUAUUGCCAACAUUCCGACCACUACGAACCUUGAUGACAUGGAGGACGUUGAGGAGGGCAAGAAAGAGUUGAUCACCCGAGAAAUCACACAGUUCCGAGAGCAGAUGAAGAAACAGGAGGAAGAGAAAGAGAGAGAAAGGAGACUGAGGGAGAAAGAUAGAGAGCGAGACAGGGACCGAGAGCGAGAGCGAGAGAGAGAGAGGGACAGAGAGAGGGAGAGGGAAAGAGAGAGAGAACGGGAGCGAGAAAGGGAGAGGGAGAGAGAACGAGAGCGAGAGAGGGAGAGAAGAGAGCGAGAGGAGAAGCUGCGGCGACGGUCACGGUCCGGGUCGCGGGGAGGCAGCCUGCGCAGGUCAAGGUCGCAGUCCACUGACGGAAGGCGUGUUAAGAAGGACAAAAGGUCUCCCACCCCAGUGAGGAAGAGUGAGAGGGAUGUGCUGAGGGAGAAGGAGGAGGAGGCGGAGGACAAGGAACGCAAGGAGCAGGAGAGAAAAGUCCGCAAGAAGGAACUACAGUAUCAGGAACGCUUGAAGAACUGGGAGACUCGCGAACACAAGAAGCAGAAGGAACUGGACCGGGAGAAGGAGAAGGACAAACUGAAGGAGAUAGAGAGAGAGAAGGAGGCUCGGAGGUUAAAGGAAUUUCUAGAAGAUUACGACGACGAGAGAGACGACCCUAAAUAUUACAAGGGCCAUGCAUUCCAGCGGCGUCUGAUGAGAGAACAAGAGAAGGAGAUGGACACAAGAGACAGAGUGAAGGAGAAGGAGGAGCUGGAGGAAUUGAGGAACAAGAUACUGGCGGAGGGGCAUGACAACCCUGACGCUGCGUUCCAGAAGGCCUGUGCCGAGCGAGAGGAGCAGUACCGACCCAAGCUUCUCGUCAAACCUUCAGAGCGCAAACCACAGCCCACUACGCCGGCCUCCACCACCCCCCCGCCAGUGGUCUCCCUCACCCCAGAGCAGCAGCCCCCACCACAGCCCCUCCCACAGCAGCCCCCACAGCCCGCCAGCACCGCAGACUCCGACUCAGAAUCAGACGGCCAUGUGUCGGAUGCCAUGCCAGAACCUGUCAACGAUAUGGAGGAAAAUUCACAGUCCAGGGGUAAGGUGGUGGUGGUGGUGAACACCACACCACAGCAGCCCAAGAGGAAAAAGCUGGACGUGAAGGAUGUGUUCAACCAGGACGACGACGACAUGCCCGCCAAGAAGAAGAAACUGCCACUGCCUGAGAGAACAUUGAGUGCCAGAGAAGAUCCGCUGCAGAAAUUAUUAAGAAAUUCCUCGGAACCAGGGAAGGACAAGGGUAGCAAGGAGAAGGGAGGAGGUGAAGAGAAGAGGAAACACAUUAAGAGCAUGAUAGACAAGAUUCCCACAAGCAAAGAGGAACUAUUUGCAUAUCCCAUCGACUCCUCCCUGGUGGACAGUGUCCUGAUGGAGAAGCGAAUCCGGCCGUGGAUCAACAAGAAGAUCAUUGAGUACAUUGGAGAGCCUGAGCCGACCUUAGUGGACUUCAUCUGCUCUAAGGUCCUGGUGGGCUCCGAACCGCAGUCACUCCUCAACGAUGUGCAAAUGGUGCUGGACGACGAGGCGGAGGUGUUUGUGGUAAAAAUGUGGCGGCUUCUGAUUUACGAGAUUGAGGCAAAGAAACUCGCUGGAACUAAAUCGUAGACGAGGCGACUCUGGCUCAAGGCGGGUGUAUGUAUGUACGUGUGUGUGUGUGUGUGUACGUAUGUGUGUGUACAUAUGUGUGAGUCGACGCACACAUACGCUUUUUUUUUAUAUUUUUUCUUACGUUUUUUUUUUUUUUCCGAGACAAAGUUGAUUUUGGUGUUUUUGUGUUUUUUUUCUUGUUUUUUUUCGUGUUUUUUUCUAUAUUGACAUCCACACUGGGGUGCACAAAGGGUUAGGGGUUUGCAGGGGGGGUAGUGUUUGUGUGUGUGUGUGUGUGUGUGUGUGUGUGUGUGUGUGUGUGUGUGUUGAAAUUUAGGCUGUUUGGAUACCUCAAAAAUUCUUGUUAUUCUUCUUCUUCUUCUUCUUCUUCUUCUUCUUCUUCUUCUUCUUCUUCUUCUUCUUCUUCUUCUUCUUCUUCUUCUUCUUCUUCUUCUUCCUGUUC